AUGCUGCCGCUGCUCCGCGACCCGGCCACGCUGCUCCCGUCCCUCGCCGCGGCGUCCCAACUCCGCGCGCUCCACGCGCACCUCCUCGUCUCGGGCUGCCUCGCCUCCCCGUCCCACCACGCAGCCUUCCUCGCCUCGCUCGCCUCCUCCUCGCCCACCCACCUCUCCUACGCGCGCCUCAUCCUUCCCAAAUGCCCCGCGACGCUGCUCGCCCACAAUGCCCUCCUCCGCUCGCUCGCCCGCGGGCCGCGCCCUCACCUCGCCUUCUCCGCCUUCCGCGACCUCCCGCUCCCGCCCGACCACUACUCCCUCACCUUCCUCGUACGCGCUGCCACCGCCCUGGCCACGGCCGCGGCGGCGGCAGCGAGGCCCGUGUCGCCCGAGCUGGGGCUGGACGCGAGGCUGCUCGCGGUGUCCGCGCACGGGGCCGCGGUCGGCCAGGGGCACGCGGUGGACCCGCACGUGCAGAGCGGGGUCGUCUCGAUGUACGCUGCGCUCGGGGAUGUCACCGCCGCGCGGGCCGCCUUCGCGGAGAUCGCGAGCCCGGACGUCGUGUGCGUCACGGCGAUGGUGGGAGCGCUUGCUGCCGGCGGCGACGUGGACGCCGCGCGCGACCUGUUCGACGGAAUGCCGCGGCGGGACCAUGUCGCGUGGAACGCCAUGAUCGCGGGGUACGUGCACGUGGGCAGGUCGAGGGAGGCGCUGAGGCUGUUUGAUGAAAUGCUGAAGGCUGGCGCUGCCGUCGGGGAGGCCACUCUUGUGUCUGUGCUCACUGCCUGUGCGCAGAUGGGCGCAUUGGAACGCGGCAAGUGGGUGCAUUGGUAUGUGCGCAGCCGUGGGAUGCGGGUGUCUGUCACGCUGGGCACCGCCUUCGUGGAUAUGUAUUCCAAGUGCGGUGCAGUUGCGACUGCCAUGGAGGUGUUUGAGAACAUGAGCGAAAGGAAUGUGUACACUUGGACCAGUGCUGUCAGUGGCCUUGCGAUGAACGGCAUGGGUAUGGAGUGCCUUGAGCUGUUCAAGCGCAUGCAGAGUGCAGGGAUCCAGCCUAACGGUGUCACCUUCGUCGCUGUGCUCCGUGGAUGCUCCAUGGCUGGGUUGGUAGAAGAGGGACGGGCAUGCUUCGACUCAAUGAAGUGCAAGCAUGGAGUUGAUCCUUGGUUUGAACACUACGGCUGCAUGGUUGAUCUCUAUGGUCGAGCAGGGCGUUUAGAUGAUGCUGUCAAUUUCAUCAACGCCAUGCCAGUGCAGCCUCACGAAGGUGUGUGGGGAGCACUGCUCAACGCUUCUCGGAUUCACAAUAACAUUGAGUUGGGCAAAUAUGCAAUGGACAAGCUGGUGGCAAUUGAGUCCAAAAACGAUGCGGCUCAUGUCUUGCUGUCUAACAUCUAUGCGGAAUCACAGGACUGGAAGGGUGUCAGCAGAACUCGGGGCGUGAUGAAGGCCAAGGGAGUCAAGAAGGUGCCAGGGUGGAGUGCCAUAGAGGUUGAUGGCAAGGUGCAUGAGUUCUUUGUUGGAGGCAAGUCACACCCAAGGUACAAGGAGAUCGAGAUGAUGCUUGCUGAGAUGAUUCGAAGGCUGAGACUACAUGGGUACGCUGCAAACACAAAGGAGGUGCUGUUUGAUAUCGAGGAAGAGGAGAAAGAGGGUGCAAUCUCCUUGCAUAGUGAGAAGCUGGCACUUGCCUUUGGCUUGAUCGCGUUGCCGGAAGGUGUGGAAAUUAGGAUUGUGAAGAACCUGAGAGUAUGCAAGGACUGCCAUGAUUAUACCAAGUUGAUAUCUAAGGUCUUCAACAGGGAGAUUGUUAUGAGAGAUAGGAAUAGGUUUCACCAUUUCAAGAAUGGAGCGUGUUCCUGUAAGGAUUACUGGUGAUAUUUUUUUUCUGUUCCCGUUCAAUUUUGAUGGUCCAUUCACAUUUAGGUA